GGACACACCACGACUCUGCGAAACGACAAAGAGAAAUCGUACCAAUACGAAACCAUUGGAGCGCAUCGUGUUGCUCUGUUGGGGAGAUGUUUGUUUGGUACCUUUGGCUUUCUGCAGUUGUUGUCCAACCGCUUUCGCUCACCGUACCCGACAUUCCAUGUUUGUUGUUCAGUGUCCUCGUUUUUUCGGUCUUUAGUUUCCCUUCUCUGCUUCCGCUUCCCCUUUGUUUUGCAUUGUCCAAUUGUCCACCAUCCUCAGGUCAUGUCGGGUUCCAUUUCCAUAUUGAAAUUCCCGACAAUUCCAGAUUGCAGGAUAGCAAUACCCUCCUGCUCCGAGGCAGGCCAGAACGCAGUAGUACGCCCGUAGUAGUCCAUUCGGAAGCCCUGCCUGCGCGAACGGAAGUUGCUUUUUGUUUUCUGUCCGAGCGACUGGCUCCCCAGCGAUUCUCUCAAGAUCCUCGGCAUGGCAUGGUACGGCAUGGCGUGAGAGAGGGGCCGGUAAAACAAAGUGAUAGCUCACAACAUUGAAAGGAUUUUUGUUUUGUUUUGUUUUGUGAGCACUUUUUACCAAACACUCGGAAUUUUCCCUGUGCGGAGAUCUGAAAAAGCAUAAAUUCCUUAGUAUCGCUCAAGCUGGGCAAUGAUCAACACGGGCAAGUCCACGGGGCGUGUGGCUCCUUCCUGGGCUCUGUAGCUCUCUUACCAAACAAAACCAUCACGAUAAAUCACCACGACACUUUUCUUCCUUGAUCCCCGCCAGCCCGCCAGCCCCGGCAGCCAGCCGCCUGCUCGGUGUGCGGAGAGGGAAGAGGGAAGGGAAGGGAAGGGAAGCAACCCGCGGGUUCGGUUGAGGCUUGACCUUGUGAGUGAGCCAAGAGUGAUUUACCGGGCCCAUGCAGUCCUUGGGCUCUGCUUGGUCAUCACUGCAUCAUCACUCAAUUUCUCGUUACCAACUGCUUGGGCUAUCCGAAUGCCGUCUCCGGAUUUUUCAAAGCCUUUCGUGAGCGCUCCCUAGUAUUAGGGUAGGUACGGUACACACUAUAUACGCCUACUUAACCUAGGCACUGGGUUACUGCCUGACUCAGGCCACGGCAGGCGUAAGCCUGACUCAGGCCACGGUAGGCGUGAGCCCAGCCGGCCACCAAUCCUGUAUUUAGUUAGACUCUAGCCUCCACAGUAGAUUGGAAGGCCAUCUUCUACC